CGUCCAUGGCUCGGUGCUGUUGGCUCUCUCUCCGUCUGAUCGGCGCAGGCUGCGCGGGGCUCCCUACGGGAUCAGAGCGCUCCCCCGCCGGGACUCCACUCCUCACAUCCUCCUGCUGGGACUCAGCUACAUUUCCAGCCAAGCCUGGCUUUAUUAUGUGUGUCUGCACUGCAGCCCCAGCAGCAAGAUCAGGAGGAGGAAAAGGAGCCAGGACAAAGAAAAGAGAGGGAGGCUGGCGAGAGCUAAAGAAAAUAAAAACCCAGGGCAGCAGCGGCAGCAGCGGCAGCAAUGAAGGCAGGAGCGGUGCCACCUUCCAGCGAAUAACCCAUGGAGGCAGCUAGCGGCCCCGGCAUCGAUGCAAAGAAGCACUUACCUUGUUCCGCGAAGUGCGUGCGUGCAGGGGAAGGCGGCGGCGAGCGCGGCCGGCCGCGGGGAGCCCACCCGCCCGCCCGCCCAGCUCCGCGCCGCGCACGGCCGGCCGCGCCGCGCCGGGGACACCGGCCGGCCGCCCCUCGGUCCCCGCGGCCAGCAUAAAAAAGGACUCGUCGCCCUCCCCGGCCAGCGGCGGGGGCGAGGAAGGGAGAGGCGGCUGGGGGCGAGCGGGCAGAGAGGGAGGGAGGGGGCCGAGCGCGGCCGGGGGAGGAUUUAGGAACAUCGCAACAAGGUCGCACCCCCGGAGCGCCCCGGAUUGCCGGGGCCGGUGCUCGUCGUGGGUUUAGACACUUAAUUCUCCCCGCGCGCCCUCCCCCACCCCAAGCCCAGGGACCCCGCGCAGGGCUCUGCUUUUUUUUUUUUUUUUUCCUUUUUUUUUUUUUUUUUAAUUAUUAUUCCGAAAGUGCGAGCCGGACUGAGAGCCGCAGGGCGCCUGCAAACUUUAAAGAGAACAAAAAGGCGGGUGGGGGCGCGGGCCGGGCUCGCUUUGCGUCGGUAUUUGCACAUCCAAGGGGGGGGGGGGGGGGAAGGAAGGGGGAAAAAAAAAAAAAAGGAAAAAAAAAUUGCAACUGUUGCGCCUGUGAUUUUAUUUUUUUUUUAAUUUUUUUUUUUCCCCGGGGGGAAGGUGCCCGAGGGGGUGGAAAGAGGAGUUGAACUUGCCGCAUUGCAACAGGCAAAAGAAGUGAGAAAAAUCAAAUAAUCGAUCCCGCUGCUGCUGCUGCCGCUUCGCCUCGCAAAGUUUGGAGGCGGGGGGGGGGGGGGAGAAGAGAGAGAGAGAAAGCAGGGAGAGGAAGGGAAGGCAGGGACGGGAGGAAGACGAGGAGGAGGAGGAGGACGAGCCACGGCGCCCGGACAUGUCCAGGAGGAAGCAAGCCAAGCCCCGCUCGGUGAAAGUUGAAGAGGGUGAAUCUUCAGAUUUUGCUUUGACCUGGGACUCAUCAGUGACUCAAUCAGGUGGCCUGGGAGGAGAGCUGGAGAGUGAAGCGAAGGACAGCCGGGCCCUGGAAGAGAGGAACAGUGUGACGAGCCAGGAAGAGAGAAAUGAGGAAGAUGAAGACAUGGAGGAUGAGUCAAUUUACACCUGCGAUAACUGUCAGCAGGACUUCGAUUCACUGGCAGACCUGACUGAACACAGGGCACACAACUGUCCUGGAGGUUGUCUGUUUCAAACAGCAGCAGAGCUAUAUAUGGAUAUUGCCAGCUUGGAAGCAGCUGAUUUUUCUAAACUACUGUACGAUGGUGAUGACGACCCACAACUCUCCUGGGUGGCUUCAUCUCCCUCCAGCAAAGAUGUUGCAUCACCCACUCAGAUGAUAGGAGAUGGGUGUGAUCUCGGCAUCGGGGAGGAGGAAGGGGGGACUGGCCUGCCGUAUCCCUGUCAGUUUUGUGAUAAGUCCUUCAUUCGCCUGAGCUACCUUAAAAGGCACGAGCAGAUCCACAGUGACAAACUACCUUUCAAAUGCACCUACUGUAGCCGGCUUUUUAAGCACAAGAGAAGUAGGGAUCGCCACAUAAAGCUUCACACAGGGGAUAAAAAGUACCAUUGCCAUGAAUGCGAGGCUGCGUUCUCUCGCAGCGAUCACCUCAAAAUUCACCUGAAAACCCACAGCUCCAGCAAACCCUUCAAGUGUACUGUGUGUAAACGUGGGUUUUCAUCUACCAGCUCAUUGCAGAGUCACAUGCAAGCUCAUAAAAAGAACAAGGAACAUAUGGCAAAGACUGAGAAAGAGGUGAAGAAGGAUGAUUUUAUGUGUGAUUACUGUGAAGAGACAUUCAGUCAGACUGAAGAUUUGGAGAAGCACGUAAUGACACGCCACCCACAGCUUUCCGAGAAGGCAGAUUUGCAGUGUAUUCAUUGCCCUGAAGUAUUUGCAGACGAAAACUCGCUGCUCUCACACAUUCAUCAAGCCCAUGCCAACAAAAAACACAAGUGCCCUAUGUGCCCUGAGCAGUUUUCUUCAGUGGAGGAAGUCUAUUGCCACUUGGACAGCCACAGACAACCUGACUCCAGCAAUCACAGCAUCAGCCCUGACCCAGUCUUGGGGAGCGUGGCGUCCAUGAGCAGUGCAACGCCCGACUCCAGCGCAUCGGUGGAAAGAGGUUCCACCCCAGAUUCAACCUUAAAGCCUUUGAGAGGACAAAAGAAAAUCAGGUCUGUGGACAGAGAGGAAGGCCAGAACUGGUCUAAAGUUACUUACAGCUGCCCAUACUGCUCGAAGCGUGACUUCAACAGCCUUGCUGUUCUGGAGAUCCACCUGAAGACCAUUCAUGCGGACAAACCUCAGCAAAGCCACACGUGCCAGAUCUGCCUUGAUUCCAUGCCUACACUGUACAACUUGAAUGAACACGUGAGAAAGGUGCACAAAAACCAUGCCUAUCCCAUGAUGCAGUUUAGCAACAUUUCUGCCUUUCACUGUAACUACUGCCCGGAGAUGUUUGCAGAUAUCAAUAGCUUACAAGAACACAUCCGUAUUACUCACUGUGGCCCAAACGCUACCCCUCAAGAUGGCAACAACGCCUUCUUCUGUAACCAGUGCUCCAUGGGCUUUCUGACUGAAGCAACCUUGACUGAGCAUAUUCAGCAGACUCACUGCAAUGUAGGAAAUUCAAAAUUGGAUUCCCCUGUCAUUCAGCCAACACAGUCUUUUAUGGAAGUUUAUUCAUGCCCUUAUUGCACAAACUCCCCCAUUUUUGGCUCCAUCCUGAAGCUUACAAAGCAUAUUAAAGAAAACCACAAGAACAUUCCUCUGGCACACAAUAAGAAGUCAAAAGCAGAGCAGAGUCCAGUUUCUUCUGAUGUUGAAGUCUCUUCCCCUAAAAGGCAACGGCUUUCUGCUAGUGUAAACUCAGUGUCUAAUGGUGAAUACCCAUGUAAUCAGUGUGAUCUAAAGUUCUCAAAUUUUGAAAGUUUUCAAACCCAUUUAAAGUUGCAUUUGGAGUUGCUGUUAAGGAAACAGUCUUGCCCUCAGUGUAAAGAAGACUUUGACUCCCAGGAGUCUCUUCUGCAACAUCUCACCGUACAUUACAUGACAACUUCAACUCAUUAUGUAUGUGAGAGCUGCGACAAACAGUUUUCUUCAGUGGAUGAUUUGCAGAAGCAUUUGUUGGAUAUGCAUACUUUUGUGUUGUAUCACUGCACCCUUUGCCAAGAAGUUUUUGAUUCCAAGGUAUCUAUCCAAGUGCAUCUGGCAGUCAAGCAUAGCAAUGAAAAGAAGAUGUAUCGUUGCACAGCCUGUAACUGGGAUUUUAGGAAGGAGGUGGAUCUCCAGAUCCACGUGAAGCAUAGUCACUUGGGGAAUCCGUCAAAGUCUCACAAAUGCAUCUUCUGUGGUGAGACCUUUAGCACAGAGGUAGAACUGCAGUGCCACAUCACAACCCACAGCAAAAAAUACAACUGCAAGUUUUGUAGCAAAGCUUUUCAUGCCAUCAUCUUGCUUGAAAAGCACUUGCGGGAAAAACAUUGUGUUUUUGAUGCUAGCGCUGAGAAUGGUACAGCUAAUGGCAUGACCCCAACAAAUAAGAAGACAGAAGGAGCAGAUAUCCAGAACAUGUUAUUGAAGAAUCCAGAUACUUCCAACAGUCAUGAAGCCAGUGAGGAUGAUGUAGAUGCUUCUGAGCCCAUGUAUGGCUGUGACAUUUGUGGGGCUGCCUACACUAUGGAGGUCCUCUUGCAGAACCAUCGUUUGAGAGAUCAUAACAUCAGGCCUGGGGAGGAUGACUGUUCUAGGAAGAAAGCAGAAUUCAUCAAAGGUAGCCACAAGUGUAAUAUCUGCUCAAGGACCUUUUUCUCAGAAAAUGGCCUGAGAGAGCACAUGCAGACCCAUCGAGGCCCAGCUAAGCACUACAUGUGCCCCAUCUGUGGGGAACGCUUCCCAUCACUCCUGACCCUGACGGAGCACAAAGUCACUCACAGCAAGAGUUUGGAUACAGGGACGUGUCGGAUCUGCAAAAUGCCGCUGCAGAGCGAGGAGGAGUUUAUCGAGCACUGCCAGAUGCAUCCAGAUCUCAGAAACUCCCUCACCGGGUUUCGCUGUGUUGUCUGUAUGCAGACGGUCACCUCUACCCUUGAGUUGAAAAUUCAUGGGACGUUCCAUAUGCAGAAAUUGGCAGGAAACUCCGCAACCUCGUCGCCCAAUGGCCAGGCCUUGCAAAAACUCUACAAGUGUGCGUUGUGCUUGAAGGAGUUCCGGAAUAAGCAGGACUUGGUAAAGUUGGAUGUGAAUGGCCUUCCCUAUGGCCUGUGUGCUGGAUGCAUGACCAGGAGCACCAAUGGACAGUCUUCGGGCUUGACUCCACAGGAGGUGAACGAGAGACCGUGUGGCAGUCUGAGGUGUCCAGAGUGUAGUGUCAAAUUUGAAAGUGCUGAAGACCUAGAGAGCCACAUUCAGGUAGACCACCGAGACCUGACGCCUGAGACUAGUGGCCAAAGGAAAGGUACCCAGACAUCCCCUGUUCCCAGAAAAAAGACCUAUCAGUGCAUCAAGUGCCAGAUGACCUUUGAGAAUGAGAGAGAGAUACAAAUCCAUGUCGCUAACCAUAUGAUUGAGGAAGGCAUCAAUCAUGAGUGCAAGCUGUGUAACCAGAUGUUUGACUCUCCGGCAAAGCUCCUGUGUCACCUGAUUGAGCACAGCUUUGAGGGGAUGGGAGGCACAUUCAAAUGCCCUGUUUGUUUCACAGUUUUUGUACAGGCAAACAAACUGCAGCAGCACAUCUUUGCAGUCCACGGGCAGGAAGAUAAAAUUUAUGACUGUUCCCAGUGCCCACAGAAGUUCUUCUUUCAAACAGAGCUUCAGAACCACACAUUGAGCCAGCACGCACAGUGAGCCACUGGCACUACAGGACACCUCUCUGCAGAAGACUUGACGGUGGCACAGUGGGGAGGACCAUUUGAACAUUACAUCCAAUCAAAGUGUCAUUUGCAACCCAGAUGUAAAACUCUAAUGAUUUGGCCAUGAGGCGCUGCUAUUAUAAGCAGCUGGAAAUGAAUAUUAAUGGAAGAGAUUAAAAGUAUUCCAUGCUCAGUAUUUUUUAUUGUCCUGCUUCAGCUAGUGUACUUUAGAGCUUCUGCUUCUGACUGAAUUUAUAGUGUUAGAUAAAUCUGCUUUGAUGCUGUUGCCCUUUGUUGCUUCUUGUAUUAUAUUGAUAGUUAAAGAUUAGGUGUGAUUUUUUUCUUUUUUGUUAACUGCUUUUUAAUUGCAAUUUUAGGUAACUGUGCAUUGUGAUGUGAUUGCUUGGCUAUUGUCUGAAUAUUUCUUUUUAAUUUUUUAAUUAAAGACUAAUGCUUUGAUUGGAUUUGCCAGUUCACCGGACAGUGAUUAAAACUAUGUAAUGAAUAUAAUCGGUUUCAGUGCAACUGGAUGGUCUGCUUUAUAAAUGUGACUUAAUCUGAUUGCAAUAACUAGUACAGUUCAAUAAAGGGAAUACAUGA